AUGCCUACGGAAGCCAAAAGGAUUGUUAUCAAAGGGUUUGACCCUCUGAAAUCCAAACAGCGACAAGAAAAAUAUUAUAAUGUUAUGAUCCAGCAACUAGACAUUGCUCUGCAGGUCAUUAUGGCAGGCUUGGGUUUGAAGACUGGCUAUCAAGAACUAUAUUCAGGCAUUGAAAACUUAACCAAGGCCAAUCAGGCUUACCGCUGCUUUACUUUAUUGCAAAAUCACUUUACAUCCGGUAUUCAGUUACUAACAGAUGCUUGCCUGGCCUCCAUUUCCCACAAGACAGACGAAGUCAAUGCUUGCUCCAUCGUAGUCCGGCAUUGGAAGCAAUGGAUGGAGCGGGUAGAAACUGUCCAAAACGUCUUUUAUUACAUGGACAAGACGUUUCUUGCAAAAUCCCCAGAGUUUCCUACAGUAGGAGAUUUCGCCCUUUCUCUAUUUCGUGAUGAGCUUUUGAGUACGAAGACCAUUCAAGUUCCGUUUUUGAAUGACGUUUUGAAGCUUUAUGAAGAGAUUCAUUCAGGAAAACAAAUUGAUCGUGGUUGCCUACAAGAAGCGAUGUUAAUCCUUCAUCGUGUCCAAUACUAUGGACUCGUAUUUAUGCCGAUGUACCUUUGUUUUUUGGACCAAUUUUACCAAUCUCAAUCCGAGGAUCGCAUAAAGACGGUUUCGAUGAAUGAAUACUUGCUGUAUGUUCAGCAAAGCCUAGAUUACGAAUUGUUGGUCAUAAAAGAAUUUGAUUUAGUUCGACAUCAAAAGGAUAUUCUUGAAACGUUACAAAAUCGGCUGAUCCAAAGCCAUUUACCUAUGUUAGUGAAUGGCAUUCGAAAAUUUGUUUGCGAUCGCGAUUUAGAUUCGUGCAAACGUUUAUACUCUCUCCUCCAUCUGACUUCAGAAACAUCGGAAUUAGUCCAACCGUGGUCUAAUUGCCUCACAGAGAUCGGGUUUGAGCUUGUGAAUGACGAAAAAGAUGAAGAUGUGUUAGUACCGAAUAUGCUGUCAUUGCAUACUUUCUUGCAAACGGUGAUAGAGAAGGCUUUUUCCAACGAUGAAGCGUUAUCGUAUGCAAUGCGGAAAUCGUUUGAAACAUUUAUCAAUGGUGGAUCGGGAAAACGCAGAGAAGCACCGGCAAAGUCUAUAGCCAAGUAUAUUGAUUAUUUACUUCGGUAUGGGGAGCAGGUAACGAAGGGCACGCCUUUACUGGAAAUUUUCGAAACGCUAUUAGAUAUAUUUCGAUAUGUUGCAAGCAAAGAUGUAUUUGAAGCGUUUUACAAGCGGGACAUUGCGAAGCGGCUAUUGCUUAACAAAUCGGCGAGUUCGCAAAACGAGCGGCUGCUGUUGGAGAUGCUAAAAAAGACGUGCGGAAGUCAGUUUACGCAUGCAUUGGAAGGGAUGUUUAGGGAUAUAAAUUUGUCGAAAGAGUUUUCGAGUUCAUUCCAACAAUCCAAGUUGUCAAAAAAUCUUCACCGAGAUUUGUAUGUGAACGUGUUGUCGCAGGCGUAUUGGCCGGCGUAUCCGGAAGGGCAUGUACGGUUGCCGGAGGACAUGCAAGAAGAUAUACAGCAAUUUGAGAAAUUCUAUCUGGCAAAGCAAACGAGCAAACAGAUUCGAUGGCUGCCAUCGCUGGGACAUUGUUUGGUGAAAGCGCGAUUUCCUCUGGGCAACAAGGAGCUUAGCAUAUCGUUGUUUCAAGCGUGUGUUUUGUUGAAGUUUAAUGGAUGCGCACCUGGGGAAGGACUUACGUAUCGGGAUUUGCAGAAAGCGACGGAAUUGUCAGAGGCGGAUUUGACGAGAACGUUGCAAUCGUUGAGUUGCGUUCGUGUACGGCCGCUGGUGAUGGUUCCGAAGGGAAAAGUACCGAAGCCGGAGACGAAGUUUUAUGUGAAUGAGAAAUUUACAGACAAGUUGUACCGAAUCAAGAUCAAUCAGAUUUACCUGAAGGAUGAACGGCAGGAAAGUGAAGAAGUACAAGAGCAAGUGGUGCAAGACAGACAGUUUGAGCUACAAGCCGCGGUGGUGCGGAUUAUGAAACAAAACGAACGACUAAGUCAUGACCAGCUUGUAGAAAAGACAAUAGAGAUUUCCAAGGAUCGGGGUGUUCCAGAGAUAUCGGAUAUCAAGUCGACGAUUGAAAAAUUGCUUAACAAGGAAUACCUAGAACGACAAGAUGGCAACGAGUAUGUGUAUGUACCAUAA